AUGGCGCUUCUCCGAUCUAUAUUCUUACGCGUGACCUUGGCACUUGCUUUUGGUGUUGCAAAUGGCACAUCUCAGGGCAUCGCAACGGAGGUUUGCCAGAAGAUAGCCGAAGUUGUGUCCUCGGCAAGCGAGGUGGUCUACCCGACCCAGUCGGCACGCUUCAGCAGCGACAUUGAGCACUGGUUCCGAUCUUCAACUGAAAGCCCUGCCUGCGUGGUUGAGGUGGGCUCCCCCCAGGACGUCUCGCUGGUUCUCCAGAUUGUUGGGGCAUCGCGGACGCCUUUUGCUGUCUAUUCCGGGGGGCACUCGUGCAACGUCGGGUUCUCCAGCACUCAAGGUGUCCACAUCUCCCUGGUGCGGUUCAACCAGGUGCAACUGUCCGAUGAUGGGACGCUUGUUACUAUCGGUUUCGGUCUGCAUUGGACCGAUGUCUACCAAGCAUUGGCGAACUCGGGAGUCAAUGUUGUCGGUGGAAGGGCUCCAGGGCCCGGCGUGGGCGGCUUCUCCCUGGGUGGGGGAUAUUCCUGGAAAACAAAUCAACCUGGCUUGACAUGCGAUACCGUCAAGACUUUCCAUGUAGUGCUCCCGAAUGGAACCAUCACAGAAGCCUCACAGGAUCACAACCAAGACCUUUUCUUCGCUCUCAAAGGGGGCCUGAACCGUUUUUGCAUCGUGACCUCUGCCGAGUUCUAUACUCAUCCGCAACCUCCUCUAGUUUGGGGUGGCCUCCGCUUGUAUCCACCUACCAGCGUCCCCGCAGUCUUGAACGCUACCGUGCGCUUUCGGGAGACUGACGAACCCAAAGCUCAGCUCAUCACGACGCUGAAUGGUAAUGCGCUCGGCGCCGGUGCUAUGGGACUGUUCUUCUAUGACGGCCCAGAGAAGCCGGCCAUCUUCGACCUCUUCGACGGCCUCGCCACGAUUCUCGACAACACGGGACAAAAGUCUUUCCCAGACCUUGUCGCCAGUUUCCCGUCCUACCUGGUAGCGAAUGUUAGGGGCACAUUCGCUACUUUCUCGACUUCGGGAGUCGCUGCCAGAUUCCUUGACGCCGUUAGGGCCGAGGCAGAGGCCAUUGGCCAGGUUUCAGCACUACAUAAUGGUACGACGGUCAGCUACGACAUUGAGCCGUUCACGCAGUACGGCCAGCACGCCACGGACAGCGCGUACCCGCACGGUGAUUCCCUCCUUCCGUCUCUCGCGACGUUGAAGCAGGUGGCCAAGGACGAGGGCAUCUACCAGGACUCUUUUGUGGCGUAUCCGAACUACGCGACCGCGGAUACCACCGCGGAGGCGCUGUACGGUGCAGCGAAUGUUAGACGGCUGAGGGCCAUUCGGGACCGGAUUGAUCCGGAUAGGGUCAUGGACCUGGCCGGGGGAUUCAGUCUCUGA